GGUGAUUGAUCUUGAAAAGUGUUUCUGUAGAAUGAAGAACAAGAGUUUCCAAGAGUGAGCAGUCAAGUCCCUUUGUCUCCCAAAGAAGAAGAUGAAGAUCAAGUCAGCGGCUCAGAUGAAGAGGGUAUCGAGAGAGGAAACUGGACCGGAAGAUUUGACUUUAUUUUGUCGUUACUUGGCUACUCCGUUGGCCUUGGCAACAUCUGGCGCUUCCCAUAUUUAUGUUACAGUAAUGGCGGAGGAGCUUUCGUGAUACCUUUCAUAGCGAUGAUGCUGCUGGCUGGGCUACCUCUGAUGUUUAUGGAACUGGCCAUUGGUCAGUAUGCUAACCUUGGACCUGUUGUUUUAUUUGAGCGUUUCUGCCCACUUUUUCAAGGCCUUGGUUAUGGAAUGAUCCUGGUCUCAAGUGUUGUAAUGCUGUAUUAUAAUGUUAUCAUUGCUUGGACUCUCUUUUAUACGUUCGCUUCUUGGGCCAGGAGGCUUCCCUGGGAAAACUGUGAUCCUGAAUGGAGUACAAGCGCAUGUUACUCCUAUCAAGAUGCUGAUGCGUGUGAUCUGAAAAAUGGAACUUACUUCAACCAAACCUGUUUCAGUUCGAAUGUAUCAAGCGCCCUAAAUCUAACAGAACUCGUCAAAAGCAUGCACAAGAAAACCCCAGCCGACGAAUACUUUCUACAUUAUGUGUUGGGCAUAUCAAGUGGAAUCGAAGAAACUGGCGAAGUAAGAUGGCCUUUAGCUCUAAGUCUUCUACUAGCCUGGAUCAUCGUGUUUGCUUGUUUAUCCAAAGGUGUACAGUCUUCGGGAAAAGUGGUGUAUUUCACAGCUUUGUUUCCGUAUGUGGUGCUCAUAAUCAUGUUCUUCCGAGGGGUAACACUACCAGGCGCUAAGGAAGGGAUCUUGUGGUAUAUUACACCUGAAUGGAGUUUACUUGGCAAAGCUCAAGUGUGGGGCGAUGCUGCUGUUCAGAUAUUCUUUGCCCUUAGCCCAGCGUGGGGCGGUCUUAUAACUCUGUCUUCCUACAAUCCGUUCCACAAUAACUGCUACAAGGACGCAAUAAUAGUUUCUUUGUCGAAUGUGCUAACAAGUAUUUUUGCUGGCUUUGUUAUCUUUUCUGUGAUUGGCUACCUGGCCCAUGAGUUGAAUGUGGAAGUAGAGCACGUGGUAGAUCAAGGUGCCGGAUUAGCUUUUAUUGUUUAUCCUGAAGUGGUGGCAAGACUUCCUAUAGCUCCUCUGUGGGCAUUCUUGUUCUUCAUUAUGCUGUUGACUCUCGGUCUUGACAGUCAGUUUGCUCUCCUAGAGACUGUAACAACUGCCAUCCUCGACAGCUUCCCGUUUCUCAGAGAAAAGAAGACAUUUGUGGUGUUAGGUGUAUCCAUUUUUGGAUUUCUGGGAGGUAUAAUCUUUACCACAAGGGCUGGCGUGUAUUGGCUAGAGUUAUUCGACAAGUACGCGGCUAACUUUUCAGUACUCCUAAUCGCCAUAGCAGAAUGUCUUCUGAUAUCCUGGAAUUAUGGUGCUGAUCGUUUCCUGAACGACAUUGAGAAAAUGAUCGGUCCACGUUCCAAUGCUUGGGUAAUAUUCUGGUCAAUAAUGUGGAAAUAUCUAACCCCAGCUACUCUUCUGUUCAUUCUGUUCUUCAACUGGAUCGAAUAUGAACCAGCCAAAUCAGGAAACUAUAUAUUUCCAGCAUGGGCUAACGCUGUUGGAUGGAUAGUUGCUUUUCAACCAGUAGUCGUUAUUAUCGGUGUAUUGUUUUGGAAGCUUUGUUCUCUACCAAAAGGAUCUCUCAAACAGCGUUUUAUUAUUCUGCUGACACCCAGAGAGGAUUGGGGACCCGCCCACAAACACGAACAAAUGAAGAACAGUGUUUAUGAUGACGAUGGAAUUAACGGAGGUAUUAUACGAGAGAACUCCUUCGACAACCCGAACUUCAACGUUACCUACACUUUUGAGACUGCUAUAUGAAAAACUUUAAUAGAAGACAAACAGAAAACAAACUUUUUUGUCAUGUAGUUCUGGAAACUGAGCUCAUUGUAGUAAUUCGUCCUCACCAAAACAUUCUCACGGUUUUUUCAAUGAGGAAAGCUGUGAUAUAUGUUAUCACUUAGCUGAAGGGUCAAAACUGGCAGCUGUUUGGGACUGUAUUGUACGUGAAGUGGGUGACUUGUAGUUACUGUUGAAAUACAUCGGUCGGUGACUUCCAAGUAAAGCAAACUGUGAAAUAACUUAGAUUACGUUAUAAAUUUAAAUGCUGUCUGAUAACUCACAUAUCUUGCUCCCUAAUAAAUCUUCUAGAGUAAACUUUAGUAGGUUUGCUGUAGUUUGGCGUCCAUGGAUGUUUCUUCAUGCUAAAAAUACCACCGCAUAUUACGUAGUCUAGCUUGAAAUCAAAGUGGGUGUACUUAAAUGGUUCAAUUGGAACUACCAAUUAAAACCAAUAAAUCACAAGUAAAUCACACAAAAAAAAUUCUAAGGUCGCUCAAGCUUGUUUUCUAAAUCUGUCCUCUCUCUUCUUUCUCAGCAAUAAAAGUAAUAGAGUUUAAGAAUUAAAUUUCAUUUUGUUUAUUGAAGAACCAUAUAUGUUAUAAUAUGGUGGAAGAUUAAAGUUAAUUAAAACAAGCCUGGCAUUGUGGCAAUAUUAGAGUUACCUUUUGCAAUAGGUUACUUACCAUUUGCAGGGGCUCACUUCUAGCUCUAGGAACAUGUACAGCUACUUAUCCAAGAUAGAUUAUAUAGUAGUAAUAUACAAGUCAGUCAUGUGUGUGUAUUUAUAAUGUAUAAGGUAGUACAAAAUAGUUACCACAAUAUUUGAAACGAAAAAAAAAAAGUGUGAAAGUAAAAUGAAAACUCGAACCACUAUGUACCUAGAAUUAGAAUUAAUUAUUGGAACAGAAAAUUAAACACAGGAAACUGGGUAUGUACAGAAAGUUAACUAAACUUUAUGAAAGUUUAAAAUAUGCUCCAUGGAUCUCUGUCCUUGUAAUGUCUGUGUCGGGUUCUACCUUUGUGUCAUUCAGCCGAUUGUAAUACAACAUGUAGCACUGAUAAUCAUCUAAUAAUCAUACCUAUAGUGAUUAUAUUUUAACACGAGUCUGUCCAAUGGAAUGUUAAACUAUAAUGAACUAGACAGACACUGCAAGGACAAAAAUUCUUUGUUUUAAGUUACACCUAGGAUUUUAUUUGUAUAAUACUAUUUUUUUGUUUCCAUCAUUACGUUUCAAAAGUAUAGUGCUGCAACUUUUUUUGUACAUAUACAUUAUAUUUAGACACACGAGUACGUGUAUCUGUGUGUGUGUGAGUGUAUAUACAUAUAUAUAUAUAUUUAUAUGUGUAAUUGAUAAUCUAGCAGAUCUCGUAGAAGCUCGGAAUUCCGCGUAGAAACUCGUGAAUUACUGCUUUAUUAGAUUUUAUUUCUUAUUCCUACAUUUGUUAUAUUUGCUAAUUGAUCUUUAUGAAGGGCUUAAGCCAAAAUAUCCUGGGCACAACUCCUCUUAUAAUUGUUUUAAGGUGUUUUGUUUUGUUUAGCUCAAAUGUUUCUCUUUAGAUUUGUUUGCUAAUUUAAGCCAUAACAAUCGUUGAAGUUUUAUGAGUUUCAGAAAUCAGUAAUCGAGUUUCCAGAGCUGUGAAUGAUCACUUGCUCAUUAGAUUUUGUUAAAAAUACAUUUGAUCUUUUUGUCAGUUUUUUUCGAUUUGUUUUUGUUUAUCUUUUAGGUGAUAGGUUAUGGAAGAACGGGUGAGUAUGUAGUGGUCUCGAAUUUGUAUAUACAGCAUGUAACUUGUUUGGAAAAGUGUACAAAUAAUAAAAGAUGUUAGAUAUGA